AGUGACCACGAGAGCUGAUCUCAGGUCUGACUCACAGAGGAGGAGGAGGAGGAGGAGGAGGAGGAGGAGGAGGCGGCGGCCAUGAUUGAGUCCACACCUGUGGGCUUUAAUUGACAGUCUAACAUUUGGAGGAUUGACACGCCGUCAUGGUGGAGAGUAUCGGCGUGGAGCUCUGACGGGUUUCACAUCAACAUCGUUUGGUCUGUUUCUGAAUGAGUUUGACUUCAAAAUAAAAGCCUGACUCACCUGGAUGAGAGGAAGAAGGGAGGGAUGGAGAAUAAAGGGGGGAAAUAAAAGAAGGAUGAAGAGGAAAUAAGGAGGGAAAAUCAAAAGAAAGGAAAGAUAAGGAGGAAGGAUAAGAAGGAUAAGAAGGAAGGAUAGGAAGGAUAAGGAGGAGGGUAAGGAAGGAAGGAUUAGAGGGAGAGAUAAGAAAGAAGGAUAAGAAGAAGAAGAAGAAAGGAUAAGAAGGAGGGUUAAGGAGGAAGGAUAAGAAGGAUAAGAAGGACGGAUAGGAAGGUAGGAUAAGAAGGAUAAGGAAGGAUAAGAAGGAGGGUUAAGAAGGAAGGAUAAGAAGGAUAAGGAAGGAUAAGAAGGAGGGUUAAGAAGGAAGGAUAAGAAGGAUAAGGAAGGAUAAGAAAGAGGCUUAAGAAGGAAGGAUAGAAAGGAGGGAUGAGAAGGAAGGAUAAGAAGGAAGGAUAGGAUGGAGGAUUUAGAAGUAAGGAUGAGAAGAAGGGAUAAGAAAGGAUAAGGAGGAAGGAUAAGAAGCAAGGAUAAACAGAAGGAAGGAAGUAAAUCCAGAGAAGGGUCCAAGGAAGUGAUGAUCCUGACUUACUCACACUCAGACUUCCGCUCAUUAAUGAUGAAGGAUUAUAGUUAUUAUUAUUUUAUUAUUAUUCAUUUAUUUAUUUUUUAUUUUUUCAGAUAUUUAAAAAAAUCAAACAGAAAAGUGUAAAAUCUGGAUUUUUGAAUUUCCCUUCAGGGAUCAAUAAAGUUCUUCUUAUUGAUAAUCUGAUCAGGAUUUCUGUCUCCACAGUCGGACGGUUUCCGUUACCCUCGACCUUACUCAGUACCUCCUUCACCCUCCGCCUCCAUCCACUCGACCCCUCACCACAGCGACGUGGAGGAUGACGAUGAUGAUGAUGAGCACUACGAUGAAGAUGAGGAGGCAGAGAGGGACCGGAUGAACAUCAAGUCUCCAUUCGUUCUGGGCGCCGUACCUGAAGGCAAGAAGAAACAGCCGGGAGAGUCCGGGAACUGAAGAUCCGGUUCUCUCAGGUUCUUCUCAUGAUUAUAACUUAUUAUAUUUACUCUUCAGUUUCUUCAGCGUUUGUGGAAAAUUUAUAAAAAAGGCUUUUGUUCUGGAGUACCACAGGGUUCUGGUCUCGGCCCGCUGUCGUUUUCUGCUGAAUUAAAAUACAUGAAACAGG